AUGGAAGAAAGAACGGUGUUCAAAGGGAUGGAAACAGAAAUACGCAUCAAUCGAGAGAUUCCUCCAGAACUGUUUCCCCUAGCCAAAGACAAGAAGGACUCCAUAGCAGAGGAGGAAAUAAUGGACUUGCUAAUAAGUACGGAGAAGAAGGAGGAGAGAUCUGGAGAAGAGAGUGUUAAAGAUAAGAUGGGGGAGAUUUUCUCGAAGCUUGAAAAGAGCCAAGUUCUGUUGAUUGAAGGAGACACAGGAUGUGGGAAGACAACGAAAGUCCCGAGAUAUCUUCUUGAGAGAUACAAGAGCAUAGUGUGCACGCAGCCCAGAAGGAUUGCAGCUGUAAGUGUUGCCAAGAAGGUUGCCCAGGAUAUGAAUGUGAAGAUAGGGAUGGAGGUUGGAUACUCUGUAAGAUUUAACGAUGUAUCGAGUAAGAAAACGAGGCUUAAAUAUGCUACAGACGGGAUUUUGCUUCGGGAGAUAGUCAGUGAUAAAUGCCUCAAUAGAUAUGAUGUUGUGAUUAUCGACGAGGCACAUGAAAGAAGUGUCAACAUAGACAUUCUUCUGGGAUAUCUGAAAUCGAUUCUGAGCAAGAGGAAGGAUCUUCGGGUGAUUAUAAUGAGUGCAACGCUAAGCUCUGAGAAGUUUAUUUCGUUUUUUAGAUGCCAAACGGUUGAGAUUCGCCACAGAAUGUUUCCAUUGGAGAUAUUUUUCUUGAAGAAGGCUGGGGCUUUGGAUUAUCUGGACGAAGCUGUGAAGACAGUGGUACAGAUACAUAGGACAGAGGAAGAAGGAGACAUAUUGGUGUUUCUAACGGGAAAGGAGGAGAUCAACAACGGGAGAAACAUCCUUGUAGAGAUCUUAGGGAACGACGCCGAGGUGUAUUGCAUAUACAGCAUGCUUUCACCCGAGGAGCAGGAGCUUGUGUUCAAGAAGACGAAGAAAAGAAAGAUUGUCCUUGCAACAAACAUUGCGGAGACAUCGAUAACCAUUGAGGGUAUAAAAUAUGUUGUGGACUGCGGGCGAGCCAAGCAGAUGAGAUACUCUGGGGCCUUUGGAAUGGACAUCUUGGAGGUGGCAUGGAUAUCGAAGGCACAGGCCAAGCAGAGGGCAGGGAGAGCAGGGAGAACCCAGGAAGGAAAGGUGUUUCGGUUAUACUCCAAAGAGGAAUUCCAAGAGAUGAGCGAGAAUACAAUACCAGAGAUUUUCUGCUGCAAUCUUGCCAAGGCAGUGCUUGAACUGAAGUCGAUUGGAGUGAAUGACAUAGUGAACUUCGACCUUAUAGAUAAGCCCGAUACCUCGAAUGUGAGGAAGGCCCUAGAGUUGCUGUACUACCUCAAGGCCAUAGGAGGAGAUGGAAAGAUAACACCGAUUGGAGCCAGAGCCUCGAAAAUCCCUCUAGAGCCGGAGCUAGCGAUUUCCCUGAUUGUAUCUUCGGAUCUGGGGUGCCUUGAGGAUGUUUCAAUCAUUGCAGCCAUGCUAAGUGUGGGAAACAUAUGGCUGGACAUUCCAAAGUACAGCCAAUCUCACAAGGCGUUUUUGGAUGCAAAGUCAUUGUAUUUUGAUAGAAGAGGAGACCAUUUCUCGUUUCUUAAGAUAUAUAGGAUGUGGGAAAGAACUGGAUUCAAGAUAUCACAUCUCAAGAGAUCAUUUCUAAAUGUUAGAGCAAUGCUUCAGACAGUGAAGAUAAAGAAGCAACUAUGUUCCAUGUUCAAUGGGCCAUGCAAGUCUGAUGAAAGUAAGAUUGUUCUGUCGUUCUGUGCAGGAUAUUUCAUGAACGUUGCAAAGCUUGUCGAGGGAUCCUCGUAUGUCUCUAUAUUCAACGAUACACAGUUCUUUGUCCAUAACACAAGCUGCAUGUCGAGAAAACGUGCAAAGUACAUUUUAUACCACAGCCUAUGCAGGACAGGGAGAGAGUUUGUAAGAUGCUGUGUGGAGGUGACUCUGGAAGAUCUGCUCAAGGGGGCUAACCACAUGUUCAGCAAGGUUGAGAAGGAUUUGGAUAGAUGCUGA